GCUCAUUCACAUCGAGAUAAAGUAUCAUUAUAUCAUCGUUUAAAAUUAAAAUUAAUUGAUAAAUCAUUAUAUAUAUUAGCUAUAUUAAAUUUAAUAUUAGCCAUUGUUGCUAUUGCAUGUGUAGCAAAAGCUCAACAAAAUAAUAGUGAAUAUUUUUUUCUUGUAUAUAUUUCUGUAAGUAUAUUUAUAUUUUAUAUGGCAACAAUUGUAUUCAUUAUAUUAUUACAAAUUAUUGAAACAUUUUCAAAUCAAAAACAACAAAAUAAAUUAGAAAAUCAUCAAAAUGAUAAUUUUAUACAAUAUUUCAUUGAUAAUGAUGAAAAUGAUUCUAUUGUUGAUAAUCGUUCACAAAUAUUAAAUAAUUCAACAUCAUUUAAAAAUAAAAAUAAUUAUCAACAAAAAUCAACAUCAUCAUUUAUAUUAUUAAAAUCAACAAAUGAUUUACAAAAAAAAAAGUAUAUUAUGAGUAAAUCAAAACAUCUUACUACUGCUUAUUUAUUUCGAUCACCAUCAUCAACAUCUACACUAUCAUCUUAUUCACAACCACGAUUAAUUGAUGAUCAACAUUUAUUUAUUUGGCAAAAUCAUCCACAUAAUUUAAAUAAAAAUUGUUCAUCAACACUUCAUCAAACUGAAACAAAUCUUUCAUUAAUAACACCUAUACCUUUACAAAGUACAUCUCGUUUAUUAUACAAAGGAAAUCAAUGUAAAGAAAUAUUUGAUUCUUCACAAAUGAAUUAUGCCAUUAUCUAA